UGUUACACCCGGCCGGUCGUACCAUACCGUACACGUGCUGGAGGAGGCCCUGUAUCUCGGUAACAGCCAAUGUUACCAACAGCUGAACAGCUGAACAGCUGCCUUGGCUGCCUGUUUGCUGCCUCAGGACAGAACACCACCUCACCCCAUCAUCGACUCCGAAGCCAGCGAUCAGUCCACGGAGAACUACUCCGUCCGGCCUGGCCUCUCCGCGACAGCACAUCGCUUCUCCCUCCCGAUUCACCCUCUUUCUCUCCGUUGCCGUCCUUACCUUCCACCCACUCCAGGGCGCAGGAAUCAAUACUUACUGCGCACCUUCUCCCUUGCCUCGCCGGCUUCGUCCCGCCUGUGCGCCAUCGCCGUGGUGGAGCCAGCCCGUCAGAACGAUAGUGCCGCGUAGUCACCUCCUAGUCGCCACGGGGACCCCGUCCGUCCAGCUACUAUCGCGGCUCAAUCAGCUUCCUGGGAGCUGCCUUCGACCAGCCUCUCCCCAACCCAGCGCCGGACAUUCCACCAUGGCGCAAUAUUU